GGGUUGAAUCAAUAAUAAACAAAACAAGUGGAAAUUUGAAAAGACCAGGAGAGAAAAAAACAGAAGUCUGUUUGCAUUUCCUACAUUUUGUUCUUCUAUUGCUCGACUCACCUUGUAGCCCUCUGCAGUUUGUCGGGCAUCAUUUAGGGAUGUAUUUGAUUGAGAUUUUAAAAGAUUUUUUCCAUUAAAAUUCCAAUCGAAUACCCUCAUCUCAACGCGGUAUAAUAUUAUAUUUAAUUGAUUUCUUAAUUGUUUCUCUCGUAUUAAUUUAGACUUAAGAUUUUAAUCUUUGUUAUUCUUUAUGAUUUUUUUUUUUGGAUAAUUAAACAUACCCCACACACCCGUUUUUAACAAUAUUUGAAUACUCGAAAUCUGGUGAGGGAGCGAGGGAGAUCUAUUAAACUAAGAGUCCGUUGGUUCAUGUUUAUGAUAUCAUCAAAUACUGUAAGUUGUACUAACUAACCUGAUAUAUUAUCCUCUGGAACCAUUGAAGUAUACAAUUUGUAUUUUGUAUCAUUUACUUGCUGGCAUAUUCUAUAUAUAAUUACCACCAUAUGGUACUCUCAAGUUGCCAGCAAUCAAGAUUUCUAAGAUGAAGCAGGAUACUUCCAAGUUCCAUUUAGUACAGGGUUUGGAAAAUCAUCAAAUCCAGGGUGGUAAAGCCCACUGUAUUGAUAUGUCAAAGUUUACUACAAUGCAUGCAUUUGUAAGUUGUCUCUUGGGUGACCUAAAAGAUCAUCCUUGUUACUCUAUAUAUUGUCUCACACUGUUUGUAUCUUUAUAACAUUCUAGUAUAGUAAUAUACUUUGAAGCCCCUUCAUUUGUACUAUGAGUAUGAAUACAAACAAUCCUGCUUUGGAUGUUACCUUGAUCUCCUCCAAUGGUAUGCGACAGACAGAAGGUUUGGAAGUUAAAGCUUUUACAGAGGAGCAGGAAGCUCUGGUUGUCAAGUCAUGGAAUUUCAUGAAAAAGGAUGCAGCACAACUCGGGCUUAACUUCUUUCUGAAGAUAUUCGAGAUUGCACCAACUGCCAAGAAGAUGUUCAGUUUCUUAAAGGACUCGGAUGUUCCCUUAGAACAGAACACAAAACUAAAACCUCAUGCCAGGACUGUUUUUGUAAUGACCUGUGAAACAGCAGUACACCUUCGCAAGACUGGAAAAGUUGGUGUUAAGGAAUCAACUCUAAGCAAGAUGGGUGCUACUCAUUCCAGGGUUGGGGUCGUUGAUGAACAUUUCGAGGUUACAAGGUUCGCAUUGCUGGAAACAAUUAAGGAAGCAAUUCCAGACAUGUGGUCACCUGAGAUGAAGAAUGCUUGGGGUGAAGCUUAUGAUCAGUUGGUUAAAACUAUGAAAGAAAGCACACCUACAUCCACAGUAUAAUAAGAAUUGGGCACAUGAUGACGCGACACUGGUGUUUACCACUUCUACAUGUCUUUAAACUAUUGCUCUGAACUCUGGUAGUGAUUUGUAAGAGCCCAAAGUUUAUAUUUGAUUUUUCAUGACAUUUCAUAAAUGAGUUGAUCCAUUAUUCUUGA